UUAGUUUUAAGCAGUACUCUGCCGUAGACAAACGUCAAGAUGAGUUUUAAAGACAAAGUAGUAAUUGUAACGGGCGCCAGCUCAGGUAUUGGUGCAGCAGUGGCGGUAGGGUUCAGCUCUGAGGGUGCCCGGGUGGUGAUGGUUGGUCGCAAUGAGAAUAAACUAGCCUCAGUAGCAGCUCGCUGCAACGAACCACUCGUGGUGAAAGCUGAUGUUGGAAACGAUGAAGAUGCAAAACGUAUCAUCGAUCGAACGAUUGAUCAUUUUGGACAAAUUGAUAUUUUAGUUAACAAUGCUGGUAUCGGGGCUUGGGGAAAUCUCGUUUCAGGCAAACUUGUUGAGUCGUAUGACACCGUUAUGCGGGUCAACCUACGAGCUGUGGUAAAUUUGACAUCACUAGCUACUCCUCAUUUAAUUAAGACAAAAGGUAAUGUCAUCAACAUAUCCAGCAUUGGUGGUUUGCUUCCAGCAAGUGCUAAAUCAGGCUUGUCAAUGUAUGCUGUGUCAAAAGCAGCUUUAAAUCAUUUCGGUACAUGUGCUGCUGCAGAAUUAGCAGAGUAUGGAGUAAGAGUUAAUACUGUAAGCCCUGGUCCAGUUGUUACUGAUAUUUUGGAAAAUGCGAAAUCUCCGAUAACAUGGGAUGAUUUCAAAAAAAUGACUGCAUUGGAUAGAGUGUCUCAACCAGAAGAGAUAGCAGAUUUAGUAAUGUUUCUCGCGAGUGAUAAAGCGAAGGCUAUUACCGGAUCUAAUCAUAUCAGUGAUAAUGGUGUUUCUGUUAAACGUUUUUAAAUAAAAUGGUGCUACCGAGAAAAUUUUUUCGCUGAUACAUACAUAAAUAAACCGAAAUAAGAAUUAACAAAUGAGUUUCUUCUAACUUUUAAAUUUAAGUUUCCUUAAAAUCAGUGAUCCCAUUACAAUCGUUUUAUAUUUGAAAAAGAAUCUUUUUAUUUGUUCUAUUUGACGAUGACGU